AUUGGUCAAUGAUACUAGGUUUAAUCCUUGUUGGAUAGCAAAGUAAUUUGCUUUUAAAUGGUUCCAAUGAUGGAGUGACAACCAAAGUGUGUUUCGUCGGUGUAAUGUUUUUGAUUUCGAACUAGCAUUAUUAGUGUUAUCACCGUUGCGAAUCACUCACAAAUUGCCAUGGAGUUCAAUCGUUAAACACACAAACAAUAGUGCCGCUGAAAUAGUGAAUGAAUAUGCGCAAAACUUAGUGCUGGUUCAAUGUCAGUUCGCGAGUGCCCGAUGAGAAGCAGUUGAGCUGUAAAAACAAGUUAAGCUGUCGAAGCAGAUGAGCUGUAGAAGCAAAUGAGCUGAAGCCAUGACGUCUUUGAAGCACGGAGUCAAUUUGAGCAGGCGGGCAUGCAGGCGAGCCUUAAGUGUGCUCGCGGUCGCCUCUCUACUGCCUAUCGCGAGCUUCAAUCCUAUUGAAAGCACCACGAAACACACUCCGUCCAUUACUGUCGAUGGGAGCUCCACAUACCCAGGGCUCGGGUUCGGGCCCAUGGGUCCCGUGGUCCCCCUCCCCGGGGAACCCCUGGGUACCCAACUACGCCACAACCAGGAGAGUACCACAGAGCUACCCGCGACGGACAAGCCGAAGAAAGAGAGGACUUUCGUCAUAGCUGCCUUUGAGUUUCAUAGAGUUGAAACGCCAUUCCUGAUCGGAUUAUGGAUUUUCUUCGCUAGUAUAGCCAAAAUAGGUUUCCACAUGGCACCACGUCUAUCGAAAAUGUUUCCUGAGUCGUGCCUGUUGAUCUUUGUUGGAGUCCUCAUUGGUGCUCUACUCCUUAGUACCCACAGCGUGCACGUCCAGCCAUUGACUCCAGACACCUUCUUCUUGUACAUGUUACCACCAAUCAUCUUGGACGCAGGAUAUUUCAUGCCCAACAGGCUGUUCUUCGACCACCUUGGGACCAUCCUGUUGUUUGCAGUAGUUGGGACUGUAUUCAAUACUCUGACUAUCGGUGCAUCACUUUGGGCAUGUGGUCAGACAGGCAUGUUUGGAUGUACCACGCCUUUACUGGACAUGCUUUUGUUUGGUGCACUGAUAUCUGCUGUGGACCCAGUGGCUGUUCUGGCGGUUUUCGAGGAGAUCCAUGUGGAUGAGGUGCUUUACAUCGUGGUCUUUGGGGAGUCCCUCCUCAAUGAUGCCGUCACGGUGGUGCUGUACCACAUGUUUGAAGCUUAUACUGAAAUGGGCCCAUCCCGCCUAAUGUACACCGACUUUCUCGCGGGUCUUGCCUCAUUUCUCGUUGUGGCCUUUGGAGGCACCUGCAUCGGAGUAAUAUGGGGCUUCGCCACGGGGCUCGUGACUAGGUUCACACACGAAGUCAGGGUCAUCGAACCUAUAUUUAUUUUCGUCAUGGCGUAUUUGGCGUAUCUGAAUGCUGAAAUGUUCCACAUGAGUGGAAUUCUUGCCAUAACAUUCUGUGGCAUCACAAUGAAGAACUACGUAGAAGCAAACAUCUCGCACAAGUCCCACACGACCAUCAAGUAUACCAUGAAGAUGCUGUCUUCAUCUUCGGAGACCAUUAUCUUCAUGUUCCUUGGCGUCGCCACAGUCAACAACCAUCACGAUUGGAAUACGUGGUUUGUGUUGUUGACCAUCGUCUUCUGCUCAAUAUUUCGGAUUAUAGGAGUGUAUAUAUUUAGUGCAGUAGCUAAUAAGUUCAGAUUGCACAAACUAAAUAAAGUUGAAAAAUUUGUUAUGUCUUACGGAGGUCUGCGAGGCGCAGUCGCAUUCGCAUUGGUGCUAUUAAUUGAUCCGGAGGUGGUAAAGUUGCAGCCUAUGUUUGUGACCACCACCAUAGCGGUGAUAUAUUUCACAGUAUUCAUUCAGGGGAUAACGAUAAAGCCCUUGGUGAAGAUAUUGAAUGUCAAAACAGCGGAGAAGAGAAAGCCAACGAUGAACGAGAGGAUACAUGAACGGUUCAUGGACCAUUUGAUGGCAGGCGUAGAAGAUAUUUUAGGUAAACAUGGUAAUCAUCAUAUGCGUGAUAAAUUCAAGAGAUUUGAUAAUCGGUUUAUAAGACCAUUUUUACUUAGGAACUAUCAGGGUCAAGAGCCAAAGAUAUUAGAAACAUAUUCAAAACUAGCCAUGAAAGACGCCAUAGAGUACAUGCAAAGAAAUGCAUCUACAAUCGGAAACAUAUCGGGGGCGGAGUCCAUGUCAGCUAUAUUUAAGAAUUAUACAAAUACUAACUUCAAUGGAAGCCCUAGCUUCAGCCAGCUCGACUCUUCGACAUGGAACAUAGACAUGCAAGAGCUGGAAUAUAAUCCCUCUAAAAAGGACCUCACUGACGCAAAAAUACACCAUCUAUUGGCUGAAGAAUUAUGCAAGCCAUUCAGGCGGCAUCGUCGACUAAGCUACAGUCGUCAUGCCGUGAACGACCGCGACCUGGGAAUCCAGCAGGUGAACUACAAAACACACAUGAACAUCCGCCGACGAGUCGGCGAUAGGAAACACCACCACAAGCGUAGUAAACGUGGGAAGCAGGAUGGCAAAAAUCAUGUCACCUUCCCAGAAUUCCAGCAAAACGGUUCGGCCAAACAGUUCACGCACGACUAUAUAGACGAGGUCCUGCAGGAGGACUGUGACGACCGGGAACCCCGGAGAGAAGGCGAUGACGGCGGUAUUACUUUCACUGCCAAAUCCCCGCCUGGAUAUAAAGAAGUCAGUCCGACGUCCUCCCAUAAAGAGAAUAGUAGUUCGCUUUUAAACCAGUUGGCUAACCUGCCGGGCUUCAAUCCUUUGAAAGCGAGAAUUGUUAAGCAAUAUGGUAAAACGCCCGAAGAGAUAUUGCCGACAGCUGUUGAGAAAUCCCUACCGUGGAGAAGGGACAGGUCCACGUAUAACUUUGUGCCCAAUGAAGAUAUCCUUGAAGAAGACGAAAGGAGACUGUCUGAUGAAAAUGAUACAUACAUGACAGUACCAGAUCAUGCUCGUGUCGCCACCCCCACGGCCACGGAGACCAUGUUACCCUGGAAACGGGAGGAGGCCGAGGGCUCCGGAGCCCUGAAACAGUCGGAGUUCCCCUCCUGGGCUUCCAAUAAGGAGUAUCUUGCUUACAGCUCGCCUUCCGCCACUUUCUUAGGUGGCAUAGAGAAGCCCAAACAUCCGAAAUCUAUCAUAGGUCUGUUCCGAAGAGAAAGCUCAGGAUCCCAAGGUCAAGAAGCAGCAGUAUCAGACACAGAAGCUGCUAUGAAAGGAGAAUGCAGUAAAGGGGAAUCCUCAUCCAGUAAGGAUUACCAAUGUCGGCAAGGACCAAGUUUGCUGUCGAAGAGAAGUACAAGUCUUGGGGGGCCUUCGGUGCUUCUGAUGGAAGACGUGGCCCAUUCAGACCCUCUUGGCGCCUCGUCCAGGCCUGCCAGCAUAAUGCAGGGCCCGCAUCGAGGACAGUGCAGACGAGGAUCCAUGUUGGAGCUAACUGGGUCACUCUCCCGCGAUGCGAUCACUGAAGAAAAAUGCAGCAAGUCACUACCAGAAAGUGAGCGAAUGGGCGUCAGGCGUCUGCCCCUCGGCCAGCAGAGCCUCCCUCGGGAACCUUUCAUUAGACAACUCACCAUGGCCUCCAACCUCCUCACCAGCUCAUCAUCAGACGACUCUUCAGACGAAAACACCUGAGUCCAUCGCCGUGGUGACCCAGACAGGUUGCCACUGCUAAAAUAUAGGACACUGGAGUAAAAAAUUAAAUUAAAUAUAAAACCAUUGAAAGAGGAACACUUUCUAUCAGUGCUGUGAAUUUGUGGUGUAGUUGUAAUUAGAUGUUAAUGCGAACGGGUUUAAUGGUUGAAUGUGUGAUUUUGUAACCGGCUGCUGUAAAGGAUUUUUUUAAAGCAAUUGCAAAAUAAUGAAUAGAUUUGCAUUAAAGGGAUUGACUCUUUUGAACUUUUGAGAAAUAAAAAAAAUGAUACUAUCUAAUUUAAAUCUAUCAAGGCAAGCGAAGGGCAAAAAUACUUCUCAUUUCAUGUAUCAAGUAGGUUACAGAAAAAGUAGCAGGUAGGAUUUUUGGGGAGCCUUAGGUCUACCAGUGGAUUUCUUACGGCUGAGAUAAAUAUCAUACAAUAUGAUUAUACUACCAUUUAUUGACAUUAUGUCAAAUGAUUGUAUUAGUAGCCAAUUCAUUAUCAUGCUUUAACGCAAUUGCAUAAAAACUUGAUAAGCAGUCGGACUUUUUGAUGAAUUUUGUGGAAACAUGUUUGAUAUUUCAUUACCCUAGACCUUAUUUUAUUAGACUGUCUAUUAGGAACCUACUUUUAAAUUACUAUUUAGCGUUCCCUAUUUUUGUGUGAUCUAUUUACAUCUACUGAAGUUCCUUUGAUCCUAGACAUUAGUAAUCUUUUUGUGUCCAACAUUCUAGUCUAAUAAAAUUAAAAAAAAUACAAUAAUAAAUGAUAUUCAAACAACUUAGUAUAAUUAUUUUUAUAUGCUCUUGUAAAUAAAUUACGCUAAAUUUUAAAAUGUUUACUGAAAUAUUUUUUGUUAUUUGAUAAGGCAAUGGUUGCCAAUGACAAUACUGAUUAACUGUAACAGAAGUGUACAUAAUUAUAAGAUUAAAGUAUAGAUAUAAAUUUAGAAUUAAAUGUGAGUAUGGUAUGUUCUUCUGACAACCGAAACUCUUCCAGAAUAUGGUCUCCUUAGAAAUCGGGUUACCUACAUACAUGGAGAUUUUCUUGAAGAUAAACAAUUGUUAUAAGUAUAUUUAAACCAUGAUUUCGAGUAUGUAUAACAAAAACAUAGAUAAUAUUCCAUUACAUAAUUUAUAUAAUACGACAUUAAUACAGUCGAAUAAUAAAGUUCACAUUGAAACUUAGAAAAAAUUGUUACGAAAAAUGUACUUUUGUAUAUUAAUGUUUUCAUUUGAUCGGGGACCGUGAUACCAAUUGAGUAAAAGUGAUCAUUAUCCUUUAACCGACAUUUAGAUUAAGUAAAUUAAGUUUAACCCAAUUUAUAUUUAAGAAAGGACAAAUUGACUGUAAUCGAGAUGUGUUAAGUCCACGCUAAGUACGUGCAGAAAUUUAAACAACGGGGGCUGUCAUUACAGUUUUUUAUAUUGAAUGAUCAAAUGAAUUUUGGUCAUUAAAUAUAAAAAGCAUAGGAAAAAAUAAAAUAGUCUGAAAUAUAUAAAAAGCUGUUUAGCAAUUUUAAAUAUUUGUAUGUACCUACAUCAUAAUUUGUAUAAACAUUAUAUCGCCUUCAUAUUUUUGGUAUGUAGAUUGUUUAAUAAGCUCUGUCAUUGGCAAUUUAAUGCCAUGUGUAUCAUAGUAAUAAAAGUAAUGCACACAACUUAAUAAGCUUUUAAAAUAAUGACGCAAAGUGUUGAAUUGUUACUUAGUCGUAAUCUUAUUUCAUAGAAAAUUAUAAAUUAGCCAUUUAGUACAAUAAUAGAAGUAAUAGGAAAUCAACAAUUUUGUAAAUUAUCUACAUAAUUUUUCGAAAACGUGUGAAUCGUGUACUUAAUAAUUAAGUUGCUUUAGGGUUAUUAUGAUUAAUAUUUAUACUUAAUAUAAAUUAGUUUCAAGUAAAUAUAAAAUAAUUUAUUUUAAAUAAAUCCUCG